AAGAACAAAUCUCAUUUUCUCUUUCUUUACUUAAUUUAUAACUUUAAAUAAAAUAUUCUUAAUUUGCAUGUAUUCCGCUCUCUCAUAAAACCCAUGAGUCAGUAGAGAGAGAAAGGGAAGAAUUUAGAGAGAGAAGGAGAAAGAGAAAAAUAGAGAGAGAGAACUGAGUAGGCUAGGUUUAGGGUUUUGAGGGUUUGGAGACCAGAGAACACAAUGGGCAGCGAAAGAUUGAACGGAACGGUCAAGUGGUUCAGUGAUCAGAAGGGUUAUGGCUUCAUUACCCCUUCUGAUGGCAGCGAGGACUUGUUCGUUCACCAAUCUGCCAUCCGAUCCGACGGUUUCCGAAGCCUCGCUGACGGAGAAACCGUAGAGUUUCAGAUCGAGACGGAAAAUAAUCGUACCAAGGCAGUCGAUGUCACUGGCCCUAACGAGGGACCUGUUCAGGGAACGCGCGGUGGUGGUGGUGGUUCUGGAGGCGGUGGAAGAGGAGGAUCUCGCGGUGGUUAUGGCGGAGGUGGUGGAUAUGGUGGAGGUGGAGGUUACGGUGGUGGUGGUGGUUAUGGUGGAGGUGGUAGAGGAGGCAGAGGCGGUGGUGAUGGAGGAUAUGGAGGCGGAAGUGGAGGAGGCGGUGGCGGUUGUUUUAAGUGUGGUGAAAGUGGUCACAUGGCGAGAGAUUGCUUCCAGGGUGGAUCAAGUGGCGGUGGCGGUGGAGGUAGGUACGGUGGUGGCGGCGGUGGUAGCGGAGGAGGUGGUGGAAACUGCUUCAACUGUGGUGGGACUGGACAUUUUGCAAGGGAGUGCCCUAACAACCCUCGUUGAGUGGAAAAUUUUCCUCCAAAAAGGAAGAAAAAUGCUUAUUGCUUAGCAUUUGGGAGCUUUUUUUUUGGUUAUUUAUUUUUAAAUUUUAAAUAUCCUGGUUUGGUUGACUCUUUUGUUGUUAGGGUUAGGGUGUUUGGAACAAUGGUUUUUCUCCUUUUUUUGUGUUUGGUUUUAAUAGGGGAGUUUAAUUUAUGAUCUAAUCUUUUCUUUGUGGGAAUUAUUGUUGGUAUUUUCUUUGUUAUUGUUUUGUUAUCCAAACUAGUAGUAAGUAAUGUAUGUCUUGGGUUUUCUUAUGGACAACACCGUAUAUGUUCACUGAGCUACCUACUUUACCCUUUUUUUGCUCUAUUUUCAAGUGUGUAUAUAUACACAUUAUUAAUAUAUGCCGGUGUUUAUUUAUAAGUCAA